UCCAUCCUGCAUGUGACAGACUGUUGAAAGAUCUGGAAUUCACUGCAGAACAGGCGAUACUGGGAGAUUGCAUAAUGUCAACUAACAGCAUCCUCACUCCAUUACCAGAGGAACAUUUCCGAUGUUUGAUCUGUCUGGACCUCUUCACUGAACCGGUCACCACACCUUGUGGUCAUACCUUCUGUGGGUCCUGCCUCAGCCAGCAGUGGAGCGACAGCGAGUUUUGUCAGUGUCCAAAGUGUAACAAAAGGUUCCUCAUGAAGCCAGAGGUCUCCACAAAUGAAGUCAUAGCAGAAAUGUCAGUCCAAAUAAAGAGAAGGAAAACCGAGGCACUUGAAAGCAGCAACGCUCCGUGGCAGGUGAAGUGUGACGUGUGCACAGACGUUAGAUUCAAGGCGUCCAGGUCGUGCCUGGUGUGUCUGGCGUCGUACUGCGACGGACACCUGGAGCCCCACCAGCGGGUUCCUGCCCUGAUGAGACACAAGCUGGUGGAGCCCGUGGAGAACCUGGAGGAGAAGGUUUGUGCGAAGCACGCAAGGAUCCUGGAGUUUUUCUGCAGGCGGGAACAGGUGUGCAUCUGUCUGCUGUGCUGCGAAGGAGAACAUAGAGAACACGAGACGGUGCCUGUGGAAGAGGAGGGGGCUCUGCAGAAAGUAAACAUUGAGUCCACCCAGGCAAAGAUCAAACUGAUGAUUGAUGAAAGAACGGAAAAGAUGGAGGAAUUUCAGAAAUCCUCAGAAAUCAGCAAAGUGAAAGCUAAUAACGAAAUAGAGAAUGCUGAGAAGCUGUUCGGUGAUCUGAUGGGUAGAGUACAAGAGAUGCAAAGCAAACUGAAGGAAAUAAUGGAUCAAAUACUAAGGAAAUCACAGGAAGAGGUC